GGGAAUAUUGGAUUGAUCCGAACCAGGGCUGUUCUGGAGACUCCUUCAAAGUAUACUGCAAUUUCACAGCAGGUGGGGAAACUUGCAUCUACCCAGAUAAGAAAUCUGAAGGAGUUAGAAUUUCAUCAUGGCCAAAGGAGAAUCCAGGAUCUUGGUUUAGUGAAUUUAAGCGAGGCAAACUUCUUUCCUAUUUGGAUGUUGAAGGCAAUUCCAUUAAUAUGGUCCAAAUGACAUUCCUUAAACUACUGAGUGCCUCUGCCAGACAAAAUUUCACUUACAACUGUCAUCAGUCCGUAGCUUGGCAUGACGCGUCGUCGGACAGCUAUGACAAAGCCAUAAGGUUCUUAGGAUCGAAUGAUGAAGAAAUGUCUUAUGACAACAAUCCUCACAUCAAAGCUCUCCACGACGGCUGUGCAUCAAGAAAGGGCUACGCAAAGACGGUGAUCGAAAUCAACACACCCAAAAUAGACCAAGUGCCUAUCGUUGAUGUGAUGAUCAAUGACUUUGGUGACCAGAACCAGAAGUUUGGAUUUGAGGUCGGUCCUGUCUGCUUCCUUGGUUAGGCUUCAGACAAAAAUCAGAUCAACAAAAAUGUUGCACUUUGGUGCUACCAACCCACUUCAUGCCACAUGCAAGUUUUGAAUAAGGAUGGCAUAGAAAAUAUGUCUUGCUGUGUAUGUAUGUCUUAUCUAGAAAGUAAUUGUUGCCCUUGUAGGGCCAGAAUCACAUGACUUAAACUUAUUUUGCAAAGAUGCUGUGGCACAGACAGACACAUAGGGCUCACUUUAGGAACACCCCCCCCCUUUGGAUUCCUUUGGUGCUGUAAAAAAAACAAACGACAUGGUGCUCCUUCCACUACAACAAAGAGGUGUUAAGAAAGUGUUUAAUAAACUGUAAUUAUUCUAUGUACAGUACUAUACUGUUAUUUCUCUGUCCAUUUCCAAAACUUGCAUGUGUCUCUGAAUUGCAUCUGGCUCCUGUUUUAUAAUUACGAAACUACACUGUCAGUACUGUGUAUGUAUUCUGGAAAAAUAAAGCCGUAAUUGCCAGUGAAGCCAAUUCCAUUUCUGAUUAAUAAUAAAAUCCCUUUGUAUAUAUUGUCGUUGGAGAGCUUUGUUAUUUGAAGUCGCCAACAAAACUUAAGGUGGCAAAACUGGAAGAUCUUGAGCAGCACACUCACACAACUCUUCUCUGCUGGUGUCACUCUGUGAUGAUGAAUUUCAAUAGCUAAAGCACCCUCAAAGGUGCUGUGUUCCAUGGUGCUAUACCUCAGACUUUUUAUUUUCUUUUCUAAUUCCAGAGUUUCGUAAGAUACCUGUAUAUACCUAAAAUAAACAAAUUUAUAUUUUUGGGUGGGGAA